AUGGUCCAGCUCUUGGCCCUCACGCUCUACCCCACAGGAGAGUACCCCGUCUCAGCCGGGCUGCCGGCCAUCGCCGUGCCGUGGUUUGGCUCGCACAACGACUACCGCUUCCCGCUCUGCUGCAUCCUCACGAGCAAGUUCCACAAGGUGCGCCUGUACGACGCGGCGUUGAAGCGCAUCGUUGUAGUCAAGCCCAAGGUCAAGCCCGCCGAGGGUCAGCGCACACGGUCCCUCAUCCCCGGCAUGCUGGGGCACCCUGCUCUCCACCCCUCAGUCGGCAUGCACAUUCCCUUCCUAAUCAACUCGUCUGGACUGUCCGACCUCACACCGAGGGCGGAGCAGGCGUUACUGGGGAAGCUGAUGACAUCAACGCUCAACGAACGGCUCGAUCUCGCGAACCCCGAGGUACGGGCGUACGUGGAGUCCGUUGACGGCGACCUUGCACCGUUGUACUACCGCGGUAGGAUAUCGUGCGACGCAUGCACUUCCAGCGGUCGAGCCGAGGGCGUGACAUGCCUGUUCACCAACUUUGGCCGUGAGACGACCACGCCGAAGGGGGUGGGACUCGCACUCCGCUGUCUCUGGUGCGCCGAGGACGAUGUGCCAUGCCGCUUCUCCUUCACCCUGGACGACAAGGCCAUCGACAACGUGGAGCUGUUCGCGCUCCUUACUGCCGAGGAGCGGGACCCACUGGACACGGCGUUUGAGAUGGACGCCGCACAGCUGAGGAAGUGGGUGUGGUGGGACGAGGGCGGUGAGCACACUCCGCCAAGCCGAGCUUCGGACGCGUCGGCUACGGUCAAGCGCGAUGCCGAGGAGGAGACUCUACGCCCUCGGCGCCGCCGCCGCGGCGAGUAG